AUGUUUAGAUAUAAUUUCAGACUGUUCAACUUUGCCAAAAAUAAUAAUCUCAUUGUUAAUGCAGUCGAUAUCAAGUUGAAGGAAAAAGGUAAAAGAUUGGAUGUUACCUUCGAUAAUGGUAGAUUUUUUUCAUUCUGUUCUGAAUAUCUUCGAGUUGAGAGCCCUUCUGCAGAAGUACAAGGUCAUCAUUCAUCACAAAAAAAAAUUGUUUGUGGUAGAAGAUAUGUUAGAAUUAUUGGUAUAGAACCGGUUGGAAACUAUGCAAUUAGAUUGAUCUUUGAUGACUUGCAUGAAUCGGGUAUUUAUAGUUGGAAUACACUUUACACGCUUGGUGCUACCAAGUAUUCAACAAUGAAGAGAUAUUUAUAUAAUUUAAAACAAUUAAACAAAUCAAGAGAUCCUAUAAGAAGUCGUUCUUAA